UUACAUCGGUGGUUACCAUAGAAACGAACAGCUCACAACAUACAAUUUGUUGUCUGGAUUGUUUUAUUUUUAACAUUUCCAGUUAUAAAGUCCUGUGAUCAUGGAUUUGAAUUUGAUUGAUAAGUUGCGCUUGUUAAAAAUCGACACAGAAUUGCGACCACAUAUUAAAAUGAAACCUAUGAGUCGAUACUACUUUGUGACCUCUACUAACCCGGGUGAGCAGUUUUUUGUGUUUGCUUCAACAGCCGCGUGGCUCAUCAGAAAAAUUGGCAAAGACUUCGAUCAACCGAGCGAGGAAGACGACCCGAACCCUACAAUAGCCAAUAUAAUAGACUUCUUGCGACAGAAAGAUAUUGCUGUAGAAUUCUCUUCUCACAAAUUAAAACAAGGGUAUGGCGAACAAGUGUGCUAUAUUCUUAAUGUUUUAGCCGACGAAGCAAUGAAAAAGGAAAAUUUCGAAUGCCAGAACCCUAUAGUCAAUAUACCAGAAACUGAUGAAUCAGCUGACGACGUUGAUCAGGUAGAAGACGAAACUGAAAUACUCCUUGACAAAGUAGAAGAAGAAAUGGCUAUUUAUUCUGAAGAUUCCGAUGGAGAAGAGUAUCCUAAUGUAGAUGAAAAGGAAACUAAUAACAUAGCUGAUAAAGUCCACGACUGGGAGGCUUGGAAACUAGAAUUGGAACGAGUAGCGCCGGCGCUACGGUUGAAAAUUUCGGCUGACGGUCGAGACUGGAGGGCCAGACAUGCUCAAAUGAAGACAUACCGAGACGAAUUACUAGACAGAUUCAAAACAACUGGCACUCAACUAUCUAAACUACACAAUAGCAUAGGUUCUGUAAUGGAUAAGAUUAAUGCUAGAGAAAAUAUUUUGAAUGAACAGUUUGAACCUUUAGUAAGAGAAUAUGGCUCUCUUUUGGACGAGUUAAAUAAAGUUACUAAUGAGUAUAAGGAAGUUAGUGUUGGUGUAACUGAAAGGCAAGAAAUGCUGAAUGAGAUAACAGCUAAAGUAGAGAAUAUCAAGCAGAGAACGGAGUCGAGGGGAUCGUCAAUGAAUGAUAAUUCGCCGUUGGUCACCGCAAAGAAAGCAGUUACGAAUUUGAAGAACGAUAUACAGGAGCUGGAUUUCCAGAUAAUAAUACUAUUGUGGAUGCUGACCACAAAGGAGAAUCCGAAUAAUAAUUUGCUGGCCAAUGCGGAGACGAGAAUGGUGCGCACAGAAGUUUACUAACCAAAUCAUAGUAUGUUGCAGGUGCCUUCAUAAGCGAUGUUUUUAAAAGAAAAGUAGCUAAAAUUAUGUCGAGAUUUUCGUAUUCUGAUAGCUAUUAGGAAAGAGGAUAUCUUAUGAUGGUUUA